CCGAGCCCGGCUCUGCGUGAAAGUGGGGCGCAUAAGCAGUGAGAAGAACAGUCUUUUCUUUCAUUGAGACCCGAGGUGGAAAGACGCAGCGGUGACAGAGCAGCAGUCGUGCGCCGCUGCAAAAUAGACUAACUAUUGUAGGGACGGAAGAUUGAUAACACAACUGGGCGAGCACCGAGAACGGCAGAUGUAAUUUCCAAACGUUGCAGCUGGUUCGUUGCCAGUGGUGUACUGGAUGGGUUAUUAAUUCAUUCUCCUUUUCAUCAUUCACUGCCUCCAGCGUUUCCAGAUUACUUGGGGGGAGAGAUCUCGGACGGCUGUGAGGGAGUAUUGCUGCAGAGACUAACGGGGAAUGCCAUGUGUCGUUGCGCGACAUAAAAGCUCUUUGUGGGCUGUUUUGCACCGUGGACAGGUGGUGCCCCGUGUGUGUGUGUGUAUGUUUGUGUGUGCUCAGACUAGCAGGGGGUUCGGACACACAACCCCUGAGACAGUUGUCUUAGGGAUGUCAGGCCGGCGUACGAGAUCAGUUUUUGCCAGAGACAGGUGCGACAGGGAGGAGUAGUUUACAAAGCCUCUCACAGGAUCUGGUAACGCGCUAACGAGCCUGCUCUCUCCUCUGAUCACUCUCGGAUAUUUUAUAUCCAGUGAGACACAGAACUGACUCAUACUGUUGAUAUCUCGGCGGCACCUUUCCCGUGAUAACCAGAGACUCUGCAGUUGAGUUGCUAUGGCAGUUGUGGCUCCUCCCUACUUCUUUCUGCUGUGUUGGCUGCUGCGAACGGCUAGCUCGGCUUUCCCAGAGGAACCAGGGCCCCUGAACUUCAUCCCUACAGAAGUGGUGAGAAGAUACCCUGUGUUUCUGGGCCGACCACACAGAACAUGGCUGAGACAAGAGCCCCUACACAUCCAGAGGAUCCUUCAAGUCAAUCGGACACUCUACAUUGGAGCAAGGGAUGACCUUUUCCGUGUAGAGCUGGACAUCAUUGCAGGCGAUGAGAUGUUUUACAGCAAGAAAAGAACAUGGGAGUCAAACAAGAAUGACAUCCGGAUCUGCAGGAUGAAAGGCAAACAUGAGGAUGAAUGCCGUAACUUCAUCAAGGUGCUGCUCAGCAGAAACGGAGGCUUGUUUCUGUGUGGAACCAACGCCUUCAACCCGCUAUGUGCUAACUAUACUGGAGACACUCUGGAGAUGGUAGGAGACACCGUCAGUGGGAUGGCAAGAUGUCCUUAUGACCCCAAACAUGCCAAUGUAGCGCUGUUUGCAGAGGGGAAUCUGUUUACGGCCACAGUCACAGACUUCCUGGCCAUUGACGCUGUGCUCUACCGUAGCCUCGGGGACAGUCCUGCUCUGCGCACCGUGAAGCACGACUCCAAGUGGUUCAGAGAACCAUAUUUCGUCAGUGCUGUGGAGUGGGGACCUCACAUCUACUUCUUCUUCAGAGAGAUAGCCAUGGAGUUCAAUUACCUGGAGAAGGUGGUGGUGUCGCGUGUGGCCCGAGUAUGUAAGCGGGAUCAAGGCGGGUCACAGCGUGUCCUGGAGAAGCAGUGGACAUCGUUCUUAAAGGCCCGUCUCAACUGCUCUGUGCCCGGUGAUUCCCACUUCUACUUUAAUCUGCUCCAUUCCACCAGCCCCAUCAUCAGGAUGCACGGCAGGGACAUCAUCCUGGGGGUCUUCUCCACACCAGCUAACAGUAUUCCAGGUUCGGCGGUGUGUGCCUUUGACAUGGAGCAGCUGGCUGCUGUGUUUGAUGGAAGGUUUAAGGAGCAGAAAUCACCAGAGUCUAUUUGGACGCCUGUUCCAGAUGAAGUCAUCCCAAAACCAAGACCCGGUGGUUGUGCCGUUCAAGGAUCCAAGUUUAAUUCCUCCAACUCUUUCCCUGAUGAGAUGUUAAAUUUUGUGAAGACCCACCCUCUGAUGGAUGAAGCAGUCCCAUCACUUGGACAAAGACCCUGGAUAGUGAGAACCAUGGUCAGGUACCAGCUGAAUAAGAUUGUGGUGGAUACCGAGGCUGGGCCCUACAGAAACCGCACCAUCCUGUUCCUCGGUUCAAGCAGAGGAACCAUCCUCAAGUUUCUCAUCAUGCCCAACCAGGACAACACAGUUACCAACAGCAAUAUCUUCCUGGAAGAACUGGAGGGAUUCAACCCUGAUAAGUGUGCUGAGGACUCUCCACAGGCCAGGCAGCUGUUAUCUCUGACUCUAGACCGGGUGAGCCAUACUCUGCUCCUCGCCUUCCCCUCCUGUGUGGUCAGAGUACCAGUGGCACGAUGCCAGCUCUACUCCCGAUGCAUGAAGAACUGCAUCGCCUCCAGGGAUCCUUACUGUGGCUGGACCAGAGGAAGCACCUGCUCUUUCCUCAGACCUGGAACCAGACUGCCAUUUGAGCAAGAUGUUGAACAUGGAAACGUGGCCCACUUGGGUGACUGUGACGGAAUGCUGCUCCAAGAGAGUUUCAUCGAGGAGCCUGAUGGCCUUGUGUCUGUAAACCUGUUAGUGGUGUCUGCUGUCUCAGCCUUUGCAACAGGAGCCAUCCUCUCUGGCCUCACUGUGUGCUGGAUCAUGAGUCAUCGCCACCGCCACUCUCGUGGCUCUGGAGCCAGCGGUGCUCGUCGUAAAGGUGACAAAGAGCAAAGCAUGCUGGGGCAAGGCCGCAGUGGGUCAGUAAUGAGUGUAACGAGAACCAGCGGUGGUGAGAGACGCUGUUCGCAGGCAGACAACCCCUUUGUCAUGCCCAAUGGCUGGCCUAAAGGAGAGAUGGACCCCGGCUUGCUGCCUACCCCUGAGCAGACCCCUCUGCAGCAGAAACGGGCCAUGCGUCUCCCAGACACAGAGUGGGACCAGAGUCAGACCUUCCUCACCACUGUAGGGACUCCCUGCCCAAACAACUCUGUCAUCUACCUGAGCUCCAAGUUCCUGCAUGGAGGCGGAGGUGGUGGUAUGGUCCGGAUAGACGACCCAGGGGAGGUGGUGCUGCCUCCACACACAGAACGCCAGCGCUACCUGAUCCUAGCCACGCAGAGAGGGGAGCACGGUGGCAAUCGUCCCACCAGCGCUCUGAGGAACUCAGCGGGAGAAUAUAUCUACCCCGCCACGCCACAGGAUUCCCCCGACCGACGGAGGGUGGUUUCCGCUCCCACUCCCCACAUGGACUAUGGGGAGCCUCGCUGGAGUCACGAGGCGCUCAACUACAACAGCAACAAUGGAGCGCCCUAUCACUCUCAGCGCCAGGGCCUCAUUAGGCCAGACAUGCAUGGGCCUCGAGGGCUGGGAGAACUGGCUGACUUCAGCCAUCUUCUAGGAAAGAACAUGGGAGAGCGCACCCCCAGUGGCCAGUGAGGUGAAGCAGAUGAGCCCUGACACCAAGCUCUCUUUGAAAACCCAUUCCCUCCAACAGUAAACUGGAAUAAAUCAACCCCUCAGAUUCACUGUCCCGGUCCAACCUUACCCUGUCUGUCCUCUCUCACUGUCAUUCAAUGUUCAGACAUCAUUCAGCUGACUGAAGAGAGAGACAGAGAGAAAAGAAACAAAGAGAGAGUUGGAAAAGAGGAGAAAACUCUCUUCACAUCUCCGUUCCUCUGUUCGCAAUGCGAGGUGCGCACCUCGAAACUGUCAGUGGUACAAACCACAGAGCGCGACUUUGACUCCACAGGACAACCAGUGAGGUAAAAAGAGGGGUGCAAAGAAAGGAGGCUCUUCUUAAAAGGACAGCGUGGAGAUAUAUUAAAAAAAAAAAGAAAAAAAAAAGACAACGUCGCUUGCAGCACCAAAUGUGAAAGGUCUCCCUCCACUAUUUUGUUCACUGUUUUAACACCGCGGAUCUUCUUUAAGUGUGAAAUUACGUUUCUGCUUUCGUUUGUUUGUGCCAGUGGCAUCCAGCAGACAACAAUGUGCUUUACUUUGGAUUUCAGAUGAGACUCAAACUGAUUUAGAGGGCAGUGAUUCUCAGUGAAUCAUGCGGUGUGUAUGUGGUCGUGUGAAUGUGUGAACACGUGUUGCCACAACAACCCCAACCAGCGUCCUGUCUUAACUGUGAAGUAUACCUAUAUAAUGAAGUUGGUAAUGACAUUGUUUUCCUUUUUAUAAACAAUCACACAGAGACAAAAGGAUUUUAUCACGUGUCUACUUGAAGCUCUUUGUGUUUACCAAUCAGAAGUUUGGAUGGUUGAUCGGUGACUAGUGAGGAGUUUGGACUCACUCUGUGAACCUUUUGCAGCACUUGACAGAGCCAUGAUGAAGUUUAAAAAAAAAAAAAAAGAGCAAUAAUGAGUAAGAAAUAUAUAAGGAUAAAAAUAAAGCCAAUUUAAUUUGAUAUUUUUAUAUCAAGAUCUUCUUAGCAAAGAAAACUGAAGCUUAGAGACGUCAGAAUGGCUCUGGGAAAAAGGAACAGUAUCUCCACUCCAUUCUCCCCUCCCUCACUGCCUCUCAGUAUGCCUGGGUCUGUUUGACCUGACCCGAGGCCUCCCUGGGCUCCGCAGGCUAUUUGAAGGAGGGAAUGUGAGCUCUGACUGUCUGUCUGUCUGACUUAGGCUGUGAGGCCUAGCCGCUUGGGAGCUCCAUUCAGCCUCUUCUGCCCGACACUGAGACUCUUUGUGCCCUAGAGGCGGGAGGAGACUGCAGCAACAAAUAACCGUUAAGAGUCAAGGACCUAGCCCACCACCACAGCCUAGCGGAAUAUCAAUGAGGAGGACAGCAGCUCCAUCCGUCAUGAGAGAUACACCAACUAGGCCCAGGCAUCUCUUGUGGUUCACUCACACUGGCGAUUCACUGGUUUGCCAGGACAGGGAGGAGCUGAGGGGCUGAAGCUGGGGUUGAGGCCAGAGUUGGGGCACUGCUCGCUGUUCACAAUGGUCAUCCCUUGUGGCUCUAUCCCUUUCUUACUUUCAGUGUGUUUCCCAACAAAAGAAGGAUAAAGAAAACAGAUGGGCAUGGGUAUAUUUGGGUGUGGAGUUACUCUUUCACUCUGUUGUCUGAUCUUUUGAUGUUUUCUAUUUUUGUCUGCUCUCAUCUGUCCUCGAUUCAAAUGUAGAUGCACCAAUAGCUUUAGCUCAUCUGGGUCAUGGUUUUGUAAAGGUGGUAUUUUUAUGUGUGUGUCUGUUAGCUUGCGUGUGUGUGUGUGUGUGUGUGUGUGUGUGAGUCUCUUAGGGCUUGUAUACAUGAAUGUGCUACUCAUAUUGAGUGCAACAAAACAGCUUUGAUCAAUCUUACUCUCAUUCUCGCCCUUCUUUUCUUUCCUCUGUUGAACCAUUAUUGGCUGUCUAACAUUCACAAAUGCAUGUUAACAAUGUCAGAGCCUUGCGUGGGAGCAGUGUAUGCUAUGGAAUACAUUUAAACCAUUAUACUGUGUACAAAGAAGUGCAGUUAAAAUGGAGGAGCUGGGUUUCCGCUUCAAAUUAUAGAUGCUAUCAACAUACACAAGACACACAUCUUUCAGUUCUAUUAUAAAUCAGCCCUAUUUUCUAUUCAGAUCAGUAGUUUUUCUAUCAAAAGUAAACUCCAUGCACUUCCAGAACCUUUCAAGUAACUUAUUGUACCUUUAGGGUAACAGCUUGUCACUGAGGCAGUACUCUCUAAGGUACUGCCAUUGUACCCUUGACAGGAGGUAUUUAUUUGUACCCUUGUGGUUUGUACCUUACAGAGACCAGUCCCAAAGGUCUGGUGACAGUUUAGUUCCUUAAUGCAACAGUGGGGAAAAAAAGACCUUUUAAAAAUGCAGAAUUAGUACCCAUUAAUCAACACACACAUCUUUGAACUGGAGCACCUGGAGAGAAACCCACACAGGCACAGGAAGAACACACAUACAAGACAGAUACAGAAAAUACUUUUCAUUUGACUUUGACUUUAGAGAUUUUAAUAUCUCUUGGUAUUAAAAUCUAGAAGAAAAUGUGUUAAUAGGUCCAGUGAUUAGCCCUGGGGAGUUGCAUUUGUGUAGACCGCACCUGUAGGGACAGCGAAGGUCUUUUACUGUAUCCACACCUCUCUGCAGUCCCCUUCAGCUCUAUAAAGAGAUUUAUAACAUUUUUUCCAAAGUUUUCUGGGUUGGUUUUCUGGCUUUUGACUGAUCUCAGUGCAGUGGCUAGCAUUGUCACUUCUCACCAGGAAAGAUCUGAGUUUGAACCUGCAGGACACCUCAGACCUUUCUGUGUGGAGUUUCCAUGUUUCUGGCUGUGCCUUACUUCAGGUUCUCUGGCUUCUUCAUAAAUGCAUAUAUUUUAGUUUGACUAGCAAUUCUAACUUGUCUGCAGGUGUGGAUGUGAAUGUUUGACUGCCUCUCUGUGUUAGCCCUGCCUCUCACCUAAUGUCAGCUAGGAUAAGCUACAUUCCCACCACGACCCUGCCUGGAUAGGCAGUUAAAAAGAUAGAUAGUCUUUCACAGCUUUCAUCAUUAGUUUCUGCUGCAGCUUCCAGCUGUUGUUUCUACUUUUGAUAUAUUCUGCAUCUCAGUUUGAGAAAUAUAAUCAUCUGCUAUACCAGUUUUUUUCACCUUUUUUUCCCUUUUAUAAAAUAAGGAAUAAAAUCAGUUAGAAUUAAACUGCAUCUAAACACAAGCAGUCAUAUUUUGAUGUCCAAAAAAGUCCAAAAAAGUGUAAACAGAAGCAUAAAUCUGAGCCGAUAUUCAAUACCACCUGACAGUUUUCAGUACAGCUCCACAGACACAUUUAUGCUGAGGUUUAAUACCCAGCCUUAACGAAUGUACAGCCAGGCUGGAGGUAAUAUAUGAGACAAGCCAGUGAAAGAGAUUUAUAGAGGCAAGGACAGAAGAGGAGGUCAAGCAGGCAAACGUGAUGUUACUGCAUUACAGCCUCAGCGCAUUAAAACAGUGUAUUCUUUACACAUUCCACCCUGAAACAGGUCAUUAGUAUUGAGGAUAUGAAGCUCUCCACCAGCCAGGACGCCGCUCAUCUCUCUCCCCCCCAUCUCCCUCUCUGCAGUGGCCUGAGUGCUGCGCGUCUGAAUGUGUGUGCGAAUGAGGCCUCUCUGUCUCGCUCGGCGUGCCCUGCGAGCUGUCUCCUCGCUCCGCAUAUCCUCGGGUUUUUCGCUAAACAUGCUUGAUUAGGCAAAGUACAUUCCCAGCCCUCUAAUGGCCUGAUGAGCCCCUGAGAAGAUUACUGCAGACACAUCAGCCCUGAGAGGUUGGUGCAUGUUCAACCAGCUCCGCUAACCACCAGCCAAAUACAUGCAAACACAAACACGCAGACACACACACACACACACUCACUCGCGUGCGUACACACAAAAGGACCUUUAACCAAAUUUGGGGUGCAAUUGAAUUAGGAUCAGAAAUGGAGCUCAGGCCUGCUGUAGGCUGACUGACUGGUUCUAGGAACGAUACUGUACAUGUUAUUUUACUGACUGCAUAAUUUGAUUACCUUAGUUCAGCAUUACAGGGCAGCUAAAAAAUUCACGUGUACCUCGUGGAAGCCAUUCUGUUUAUUAAAGCCAUCAUCUUCUUCUUUCUUUGCAUACUUCAUGUCAUUCCUGUUCCUCCUCACUGAACAGCUGCACCUCUUCUUCUUUUCUUUAAGCCCCUUUUAUUGUUAGCAGACUCGUGCGGGCCGGGCUCUCAUUGCACUUGUCACCAUUAAAGGUUAGCUGGUUAAUUUAAUGAGUCAGUAACAGAAACAGAAAUCAAAGUAACCUCCACUUUAUUUCACAUUAAAUCCUUGAUGCGUAGCAGUUUUUAGACAUUUUUGUGACUGCUCAUGUGGCAAAUUGCUUUCCUUUCCCUAUAAGGGCUUUUGCUUUGUUUUAUUUAAAAGUAGCAUAUACUGCCUCCAGUCCUGCAAACACACACACACACACACACACACACACAAACAUAUUCUUCCUCUUUAUCUCUGCCCUGCACGUAUCAACAUACACACACACAAAAUUUCCAUCUAUGUCUUUGUGACCCACCCUGUCUAUCUGUGUUUUUAUUUAUCAUGUUGUGUCUGUGCGCUCGCUGAAGAGACCAUGCCUUUGUGUGUUGGGGUUGUUUGUGCCGUGUGGCCCAGUCAUGCGAUGCCCCCCAGCCAAUAACUGCCAUUUUGCCCUACAGUGCUCCACUGCACUGUAUGUGCUUUAUGCCCUAGAAAAGGUCCAGGAAAGGAGACUAACUUCUAUUAAAUCCAACAAUGCACUGGGAUGUAGUGAUACGAGACUGCACCCUUCCAAGCCAACACACGAGAAGAAAAAGCACAAAAGCAAGGCGAAAACAUAAUCAACAUUUGCAUUUUUGUAAAGUUGUAGAUGUAUUAGUCAGCGCUGACCAUUUUUGUCAUGUUUGCUUUUUCUAUUGUUUGUUUCUGUGGUAGAUAUUUGGUUUAAAAAUUAUAUGGAAUAUAACUGUAUAUGAUUUCAGUUCUCUGAUGUGCCGGAUUUGAUGAUGACAAUGAAGGUGAACCCGAUGACUAUCACGAUUAUUAUUAUUAUUAUUAUAAUGAAGCAGUACUGUGAGCAGCACCGAAGUGUUGUGUCCUGUUUGGACGCUGAAUGGAAUUAGAGAGGAAGAAGAGGAGGUAGAGUGAAUUAACCAUAAAGACUGAUGUUUGAAAGGAGACUGUUCUCCUGCAGAGUGGAUUCUUCUGCUACUGUGAAGGACCCGCCGUCCUGUGGCUCUCACCAGAGGCUGGCCCCCACAGUCACCCCCCCGGGGCCUCGGGGCAGGCUGUCAUCGGAUGACAACACAUGUCCCUACUACGUGUACAUAACCUUGAUGCUUACAUGUAAUUUAAGUGCAGUAGCUGCAUGACGACAAAGCCUCUGUGUGUGUACAGAAGUAGCGACGUGUGAAUUUGUACAGUACAUGCAAGUGUGUGUGUGCUUGUGUCCGCGAAGAAAUCUGUCUGUCGUCACGCAAAAAAGCAACACAUGCAUGCACCCUACGACAACUGCACAGUACACACAUACACGAAAGCCACACUCAUACGAAUACACAGACACACUCCAGCAGUUGUUCACCAUGCUCCACAUUGUCCUGAGCUCUGCCUGUCACUCCGCAUGGAGAAUUUACUCUGUGUCAACUUUCUUAUUCUAAUA